GAUGUCAUCACAGGGACAAAGCCUCCUUCCCAUGAGGUCAUCCCAGAGGAAGAGGCCAGCCCGUGAGGUCAUCGCUGGAGGCCAUGUCCAUGUUCUAUGGUGUCCUCAGAGGCUUCCUUCUUGUGGUGUAGUAACAGAGACGAUGCCUUGUUCCAUGGCAUUCCUUCCUGUGGCGUCACUGCAGAGACAAUCUCACCUGGAUGAUGUCAUCUCUAACUCCAAGGCCUCUUUUGACAUCAUCGCCAAGGGGAAGAUAUUUUCUCCCUGUGUCUUUGCAGCAGAGAAGAUGCCUCUGUUCUACAAUGUCAUUACAGACAAAGCCAUCUUCCUGGGACACGUCGCAGGGGAAAAUGCCUCACCAAUUGUGUCCUCACUAGACGUAAGGUCUCCUUUUCACAGCAUCAUCACAGGGACCCUGCCUCCUUCCUGUGAUGCCAUCACCAGAGAAGGUGCCUUGCCCUAUGACGUCAUCAGAGGGACCGUGCCUCUUCCUGUGAUGUCAUCACCAGAGAUGACCACCCACUCUGGGACCUCUCCAGGAGGAGGUCCCUUCUGUGAUGUCGCCCAGAGGCUAUGUGCUCUGAGAUGGCACAAAGAGAUGCCUCCACUGCUGCCACCAUGUUGUAGAAGGCAGGGCAGGCCCAGAGUCCAGGACCACCCCAGGGAAGAUGCCAGAGAGCAGAGAGGGGCCCUGUCCUGAGAUGUUGUCUGAAGGAAGCAUCACUGGGGAGCCGCCCAUGUGGAGGGCCUCCUCCAGAGACGAUGGUCUGUGUAGGCUGUUGGCAGUGACACCCCUACUCCCAGUGCUGUGAUAGCAUCACCAGAGCUUCCUCCUCAGAGGCACUGCCCACUCUGGAAGGCCAUCGGUAUUGAUGGUGUCACCAGAGUUACUGCCUUGUCCCACCAUGACUUAGCUUGGUUGCUCCCUCCCCAGACUCCAGGGACAUGCCCAGCAGGAUCUCUGCCAGACCCUCUGAGGGGAAAUGGGGCCUUGGAUCCCAUACCUGUGCCAUAACUCCUCAGAGACAGGAGGCUUCUGCUCCCAGGAGGCCACUCUGGAUCAUCAGGAUCCUGGAGUUCUGGCACUCAUAGGUGUCCCAUAGCCUGGCCUCACUUUUCUUUCUGCCAUAGCUAGAGACAAUCGCCUCUGUCAACAAAGUCCUAGCCUUCUACUGGGGGGAGGUGCUUGGGGUACACCUACUCUUGCCCUCACUGACACUGUCAGCAUCACACAACACCCGCCACUCAUGAUGGCACCGCACCCGGGGUCAAGUGUUACCCAUGUCUGAGGAUGGAAUCCUUCCCCAGGAUUCCCUACGACCCACAACUAUGGUAUCAUCUUCUUCCAGGGUUUACCAUGACUAAUGGUGUCACCAUCUCCCAAGACUCCCCAUAGCCAAUGGUGUCACCAUCCUCCAUGAUUCCUCACAACCAUGGUGUCAUCAUCUUUCAGGAGCCACCACAGCUGACGGUGUCAUCAUCUCCUAGAUUCCACCAUGACCAAUGAUGACAUUACCUUCCAG